AUGGAGUUUAGUCCCAGUAGUUCUCCUGUACCCAGUUUGCUUGAUAAGAAAAUAAUGGUUCAUUGGCGUUAUGCCCCAAGACCGGUGGAUAUCCAAGUAGCCCCUAUCUUGACCAAGCUACGAUCAACAGAUCAGCCAUCCACAUGUAUCGAACCAGAUAUUGAAGCACUCGAAACAUCGGAUUAUCUCAAAGAAAGUCUUUUGGAGAGUCAAAAGAUAGAGAUUGUUCGCAAAGAAAACUUUUUCAGCGAAGAAGUGACGGAAGAAGAACGAGACAUUAUUGCUAAGCGUGUGGCAUUGCAACAAAAGCAAUUUGCCGAAUUUGAACGUCGAGACAGACUUCGAAAGUCGGCAAAGAUUCGUGCUAUCUUUGAUUAUGUCAAUGACGAAGAAGUGCAAGAAAUGCUGUUGGAUUGUGACGAGCAGGAGGAUGAGGUGAUCUAUCGCCUUACCAACUCGCAAUAUCUGAUUCAGAUUCGAAAAGCCAUCGCUACAAAAUACGCUCAUCAUGAUAUUGCCAAAAUUGGCACUAUGAACACCGAUCAGGAAAUAGCUUACAAGCAACUAUUGAAGAAGCGAUCCUCCACUCUGAAAAAAACAACCAGGGACCACUUGAAAAAAUUGGCGCUAGAUGAUGCUCUUAAACAGGCUCAGGAACAUCAUGUGGAUCCUGAAAAGGCUUUCGAAGGGUGGUCUCAAGCCCGUAUUCGCGCGUAUCAAAUGAUUGAUGAAAAUCCAAAUAGCUAUUAUUAUCGUUUCAACGCACCCGGAGAAGAGCAGCGCAAGGGUCAAUGGACAGAGGACGAGAAAAAAGUCUUUUUUGAACGUUUGCGCGAAGUCGGUGCCAAUGGCCAAUGGGGCAUCUUUUCGAUGAAAGUGCCUGGCCGCGUAGGAUAUCAGUGUUCCAACUUUUACCGACUCUUGGUGGAGACAAAAAAGAUCAAAGAUCCGAAUUACGUAUUGGACGAGCGGGGUAAAGCGCAUUAUUUAUUCGACAAGAAACAUGCGGAUGGUCAGAUUCGCAAAACAUUUCGAACUCAUAACAAGCAGAACAACAGUGGAGAAUCUACCCCAACGCCGACGGCGAGUGAACCAUGUCCAUCGACUCAACGCGGCAAAGGAAAAGGUGUUGCAGGUUCUACCGAUAUCGAAUCAUCAAGCAACACAAAGGAAAGCCGUGCCACAAGUGCCACUACUAGACGCCGUCGCCGUCGUGGCCGAUGGGGAGACUCUUCGGCUUCCGAUAGUGAUGAAGACGCAAGCAAUUAUGACGAUGACGAUUCUGGUAUUUAUGCUACACGAGCCACCCAAGCUGAAGAGAAAGAAAGUGACAGUCAGCGUCGCAGUAAGCGACGCCGACGUCCGACACUUGCGGCUGUGGAAGCGGGACUGGUGGCUAAACCGCAAUGUGCAUGGGAUAUGCAUCUCAAAGGAGGAUCAUCUGACAACAACGAAAAUCAUGACGAAGGAUCGGAUGGCGAAACAGAUGAUGAAAACGAGACCAAUGGAACGAAUCCAUUACCAGAAUUUAUUGAUCCUAUCACUCUUGACGAGGUGGUCAAACCGGCCAUCUCCAAAUAUGGUCAUGUGAUGGGGUACGAUAGCUGGGUGCGCUGCUUGACAAGCUGGGAAGGCAAACGAAAUAUUUGCCCACUGACAAAGAAACCAUUGACAAAACGGGACUUGGUGAUCCUCGACUUUGAAAACAUCGAUGAAUACAGAGACAAAAUUGUUAAUUUGUGA